AUGAGCAGCUGGGGCGUCGCCAAAGACACGCCCGUGGCUGACCUCAUUGGCGAACAUCCCUGUCGGCAGGCCGCGCCUUCCGCGAAUAGAAGAACCCCGCCCAUCGCCCUUUCCCUCUCGCGCCCAACCACAGCUUCUCCUUCCUUCUCCAAUCAUCCUGCACCACCACGACUAGCCAUCCAUCAACCAGAAUCACGAGUCUUGCGCUACAACGCGCUCGUGGUCACAACACGUCAAACCGCACCGGGUACCUUUGUGUAUCUUGUCGGCGCUUCCACACGGCGUGCUGCCCGUCGCAGAAUCGGUGCGCUCAAGUAUCCGCACGCGUCGCAGACACAGGGAACACACGGCUCAGUAACGCUGCCUGGCUUUGUAUCGCGCACGCUGCCAGCUACUUGGAUCGACUUCAUUGUCGCCGGCAUCACCUGCGCACUUGACAAUAUAUCAUUGCGCAGUCGCUGGUCGCCCUUAAAAGCACUGAGCUUGGAGCCGCCAUCUGAGCACGCUCUAGCAACACCGCUACCAGAGUCCUACUACGACUACCACGCCAGCCAGCGUCACCUCGCCCGCGCAGCAAUCGUCUAA